GUCUUAACAAGAAGAGAAGGCUUCAAUGGAUUCUCUUGUGGUCCUUGUGCUCUGUCUCUCCUGUUUGUUUCUCCUUUCACUCUGGAGACAGAGGUCUGGGAGAGGAAAACUCCCUCCUGGGCCCACUCCUCUCCCAGUGAUUGGAAAUAUCCUACAGAUAGAUAUUAAGGACAUCAGCAAAUCCUUAACCAAUCUCUCAAAGGUCUAUGGCCCUGUGUUCACUCUGUAUUUUGGCCUGAAACGCGUGGUGGUGCUGCAUGGAUAUGAAGCAGUGAAGGAAGCCCUGAUUGAUCUUGGAGAGGAGUUUUCUGGAAGAGGCCUUUUCCCAUUGGCUGAAAGAGCUAACAGAGGAUUUGGAAUCGUUUUCAGCAAUGGAAAGAGAUGGAAGGAGAUCCGGCGUUUCUCCCUCAUGACGCUGCGGAAUUUUGGGAUGGGGAAGAGGAGCAUUGAAGACCGUGUUCAAGAGGAAGCCCGCUGCCUUGUGGAGGAGUUAAGAAAAACCAAGGCCUCACCCUGUGAUCCCACUUUCAUCCUGGGCUGUGCUCCCUGCAAUGUGAUCUGCUCCAUUAUUUUCCAUAAACGUUUUGAUUAUAAAGAUCAGCAAUUUCUGAACUUGAUGGAAAAGUUGAAUGAAAACGUCAAGAUUUUGAGCAGCCCCUGGAUCCAGAUCUACAAUAAUUUUUCUCCUAUCACUGAUUAUUUCCCGGGAACCCAUAAAAAAUUACUUAAAAACGUUGCUUUUGUGAAAAGUUAUAUUUUGGAGAAAGUAAAAGAACACCAAGAAUCUAUGGACAUGAACAACCCUCAGGACUUUAUUGAUUGCUUCCUGAUCAAAAUGGAGAAGGAAAAGCACAACCAAACAUCUGAAUUUACUAUUGAAGGCUUGGAAAACACUGCAACUGACUUGUUUGGAGCUGGGACAGAGACAACAAGCACAACCCUGAGAUAUGCUCUCCUUCUCCUGCUGAAGCACCCAGAGGUCACAGCUAAAGUCCAGGAAGAGAUUGAACGUGUGAUUGGCAGAAACCGGAGCCCCUGCAUGCAGGACAGGAGCCACAUGCCCUACACAGAUGCUGUGGUGCACGAGGUCCAGAGAUACAUUGACCUCCUCCCUACCAGCCUGCCCCAUGCAGUGACCUGUGACAUCAAAUUCAGAAACUAUCUCAUUCCCAAGGGCACAACCAUAUUAAUUUCCCUGACUUCUGUGCUACAUGACAACAAAGAAUUUCGCAACCCAGAGAUGUUUGACCCUCGUCACUUUCUGGAUGAAGGUGGCAAUUUUAAGAAAAGUAACUACUUCAUGCCUUUCUCAGCAGGAAAACGGAUUUGUGUGGGAGAAGCCCUGGCCCGCAUGGAGCUGUUUUUAUUUCUGACCUCCAUUUUACAGAACUUUAACCUGAAAUCUCUGGUUGACCCAAAGAACCUUGACACCACUCCAGUUGUCAAUGGAUUUGCCUCUGUGCCACCCUUCUACCAGCUGUGCUUUGUUCCUGUCUGAAGAAGAGCUGAUGGCCUGGCUGCUGCUGUGCAGUCCCUGCAGCUCUCUUUCCUCUGCGGCGUUAUCCAUCUUUCACUAUCUGUAAUGCCUUUUCUCACCUGUCAUCUCACAUUUUCCCUUCCCUGAAGAUCUGGUGAACAUUCAACCUCCAUUACAGAGAGUUUCCUAUGUUUCACUGUGCAAAUAUAUCUGCUAUUCUCCAUACUCUGUAACAGUUGCAUUGACUGUCACAUAAUGUUCAUACUUAUCUAAUGUUUAGUUAUUCAUAUAUUAUUAUUAGAGAAAUAUGAUUUGUGUAUUAUAAUUCAAAGGCAUUUCUUCUCUGCAUGUUCUAAAUAAAAAGCAUUAUUAUUUGCUGA